AUGUGCAAUAAGCGAGCUGGUGAUCAAAAACAGAGUAAUAAUCAGAUUGGGAGGAGAUUCGCCAUGGAUUCCGGUUCGAUGAACUCAUCUUCCGUCACUAGCCCAGUCUCUAGCUUGAACGACGAGCCGCAUCGGGUUAAAUUCCUCUGUAGCUUCUUAGGUAGUAUAUUGCCUCGUCCUCAGGACGGGAAAUUGAGGUACGUAGGAGGAGAGACGAGGAUUGUGAGCGUGACGAGAGAUAUUAGGUACGAAGAGCUCAUGAGCAAAAUGAGAGAGCUUUACGACGGUGCGGCGGUUUUGAAAUACCAGCAGCCUGACGAGGAUCUCGAUGCUCUUGUUUCAGUGGUGAAUGAUGACGAUGUGACGAACAUGAUGGAGGAAUACGAUAAGUUAGGUUCAGGGGAUGGUUUCACUAGGCUUAGGAUCUUUCUGUUUUCGUCUCCUGAGCAGGAUGGUUCUUCGCAUUACGAUGAUCAGAGGGAAUCCGAGAGGAGAUACGUUGACGCUCUUAAUAAUCUGAUCGAAGGGACAGACUUUAGGAAGCUCCAGCAGCAUCCUGAUUCGCCUCGUUUCAAUCUUAUGGAUGAUUUUUCGAUGAUGGAGCCGAUGCUGAAUCAGUUGAGUAUUGAGACUGGUGGUGGUAGCCAGAGAGGGAAUGAGAUACCUGUGGCGCAGUAUAGUAAUCUUCACCAGCUGAGGAUUCCUCGUGUUGGUUCGGGGCAGAUGCUUGCGCCGAGGUAUGGUGAAGUGGAAGGUACAUGGAGUCCUUACUAUUCUCCUCGGCAUCAUGGUCACCACGAUCCCAGAACUUUUCAGGAGUUUCCAUCUUCGCCUUCCUCUGCUCGUUACCGAAUGCCGUAUGGGGAGAUUCCUGAUAAAGGGUUUGAUAGAAUGCCUGAGGAUUAUUUGAGGCCAAGUCAUCAUCCUUUCUAUGAGCACCAGGCGCAAGUUCCUGACAGUGUGGUGUGGGUGCCUGCUGGAGCAAUGCCGCCUGAGAGUAAAGGAGGCUUUCCUGGGAACGUACUUCACGGUGGUCAAGGUGGUUAUGAAGGGUGUAAUGUAUGUGAGAACUGUCGUGUACCGUUUCAUAGGAACCACCAGCCGUUUGAGCAGCCUAAUAACGGGUUUCCACCGGUUCCUUCUGCUCGCUGUGCACACUGUCCACCCAACAGGGAUAAUUUCCUGCUUAACGCUGACGCAAAGCCUCCUACUCCUCACGGAGCUUAUCAAAAUGAGAUUUUUGGACAUGAAAGAGGAUGGAUGGUUCAACAACAGGUGAAUUCUAAUCCUACACGUGUUGAGGAAGGGAGGCCACAUAUUACUAAUGUUGGAAGACCAAGCGAUCAUUACACUCUCGAUGGUCCUGGGAUGAAUUAUCCUCUUGGCCACCGAGGUGGACCUGAAAUUUCCAAUGAAGGGUUUUAUGAUAGACCUCUUGGUGGCAUUCCCUUGAACUCGUCUAACCCUCCUGCUGAGGAACGUCGGUAUGGGAAUAAUCUCUAUGCUCCAGGACCUGAACUUGUUCAUUCAGCAAGUCAUAGUCACAUCCACCCGCAGCAAAAUAUUUGGCAGAACGUUCCAAACCAUAUUUCUGGUGCUUCAGGCUUGCCGAUGCAAGCCAAUGGCUCAGUUAAUCCGACUGUUAUCAGGAAUCCGAUAGAUAGUGCUCCUAGAUACUCUGUUGGAGUGGAGAAUCAAAGUGUUUUGGUCGGUUCUCCGCAGAAUAUUUCAGGCUUUGAUGGAAUGUCUUCCCCUGGCCAGCCUUACUACCCUAAUCCCCAUUUGCAAGAUAGAGCCUUGCCUUUAGACCCAAACUGGGUGCCAUCUGAGAACCCAGCAGUGCAUAACGAAUAUCAACAGGUGCUCGAACCUUUGCCAGGGCCCUUGUUACAGACAAACCUCAAUGCUGCACCAAUUACGCAGACACCAGGUUUUGUUGAAGUGGUGAGGCCGGUGGAAUAUAAGGUUUCACAGGGAGGUGAACGGUUUAACUAUGUUGACGCUGGUGUUCCUUACCUAGAUAAGACUCAACCGUUAGCUGAAGGAAAGAACGAUAUGGGUAACCCGGUAGAAGUUAGUCCUUCUGCUGCUCUUCCGGAAGGAGAGGAGCUAUCAGUUGAGCGUUUGAGCUUCUUGCCUGAGUUAAUGGAAUCUGUGAAGAGGGCAGCACUUGAAGGAGCUGCCGAGGUCAAAGCUCAUCCAGAAGAAGCCGACCAUACUGUGAGGCCGGAGUUGGUGGAAAAUGAAUCCGUGCAUGUGAAUGCUCAAGUCGAACCUGAGAUGGAUUCCGAUAGUGAUAACUCAAGCAGUUUUAAGAUUGAACCAACAAAGGCUGAGGCUGAAGCUCUAUCCAGGGGACUACAGACUAUAAGAAACGAUGACCUGGAGGAGAUCCGAGAGUUAGGUUCUGGAACAUAUGGAUCUGUUUACCAUGGGAAAUGGAAAGGCUCAGAUGUUGCAAUAAAGAGAAUAAAAGCCAGUUGCUUUGCAGGCAAACCUUCUGAGAGAGAACGUUUGAUAGAAGAUUUUUGGAAAGAAGCCCUGUUAUUGAGCUCAUUGCAUCACCCAAACGUGGUCUCUUUCUAUGGGAUAGUUCGUGAUGGUCCUGAUGGUUCUCUAGCAACUGUGGCCGAGUUCAUGGUUAACGGAUCUUUGAAACAGUUCUUGCAAAAGAAAGACAGAACUAUCGAUCGUCGCAAAAGACUCAUUAUAGGCAUGGAUACUGCAUUUGGGAUGGAGUAUUUGCACGGAAAGAACAUAGUUCAUUUCGAUUUGAAGUGUGAGAACCUUCUUGUGAACAUGAGAGAUCCUCAGCGUCCUAUAUGCAAGAUUGGUGAUUUAGGGUUAUCGAAAGUGAAACAGAAGACUUUAGUGUCAGGAGGUGUUCGUGGGACUUUGCCAUGGAUGGCCCCUGAGCUCUUGAGUGGCAAAAGCAAUAUGGUCUCUGAAAAGAUUGAUGUAUACUCGUUUGGGAUUGUAAUGUGGGAAUUGCUUACUGGUGAAGAACCUUACGCAGAUAUGCACUGCGCUUCCAUAAUUGGAGGUAUAGUGAAUAAUGCAUUGCGUCCGAAAAUCCCGCAGUGGUGUGAUCCAGAGUGGAAGGGAUUGAUGGAAAGCUGCUGGGCCUCUGAGCCUACAGAGAGGCCAUCCUUUGCUGAUAUAUCACAGAAGCUCAGGACUAUGGCUGCUGCUAUGAAUUUGAAAUAA